UUUUUCCCAAGGUCACGUGACGCUCUAUCAACUUCCGCUGCGUCAUCCGCGCGUCUUUUUCCGGUCUAGACUCCGAACAAGUACAGACAUGCCCCUUGCCAAGGAUCUGUUGCUUCCCUCCUCUGAGGAGGAGAAGAGGAGACACAAGAAGAAACGACUCGUCCAGAGCCCAAAUUCCUAUUUUAUGGAUGUAAAAUGUCCAGGUUGUUACAAGAUCACGACCGUGUUCAGUCACGCUCAGACUGUGGUGUUGUGCGUCGGCUGCUCCACGGUCCUCUGCCAGCCUACGGGUGGGAAAGCUCGCCUAACGGAAGGAUGUUCGUUCAGGAGGAAACAACACUAACUUGAAUCAGGACGCAGUUGAGAAUGACCAAAAGUUUCGAAUCAGGUGCCGCUGCUUUGGCGUCGAUGAGGAGAACGCACAAAAGCAAAGAUCAUCCGAGUCGAGAUAAACAGCGCCCCAUCCUCAGCCGCCACGUAAUCAUGGCCUUGAAAAUAAACCCAGUUGGCUCAAAUGUUAUCGUUGCCCAAGUGCUUUGUGUGCACUCGCUAAGAUAAGUUCAAAUUUGCUGAAUAAUUUACAUGAAGCAAGACUGAGGUGGUGAGAGAACGGAGAAUAUCCAACAAAUCCAAACCAAUUUUAAGAAUAGACACAUUUGGCUCCACGUGGAGAUUACAAUUUCUUGAUCUGAUCCUGUGAAUGAGUCCCGAAUCAGCCGUUUGCAUGAUUCAUGAAAGACUUUUAAAACCUGCCAAAUAAAUGCAACAAUUAGGUCAGCAUUUGACCAAAAAAAGUUGAUGUUGCGGUAUUUGAUAUGUUCGGGAAUUGGCCGGGGUCGAUUUCUUUCUGGGGGAUUCAGAGGACCACGUUGAUUUUGGCUUGCUACACAUACGAAUAGACAUUAUGAUGGCACUUUUUUGUGUGUGAUAUCAGUGAAAAGGUUUUUAUAAGGUUGCACAAAAUCAUUUGCUGUCAUGUGUAUUGGAAAAAAAACCUGGCUACACUGUUGGCCAUUUUCACAAUGUGAUUAAUCUUAUGCUAAACGUUCAAUUAUUUGCUUUUGCAGUUUUUAAUGUUACUGUGGUGUAUUUUUUUUGCUGUCUUGUUCAUUGACCAAAUAAAAAAAAUCUGGCUGA